GUAGGCAUGCUUACACACCUCCUCUAGUGUGCUUUCUUGCAACUAUAUCUGCCAGUGAUCACAAAGACUCCUUGGCUGCAACAACUUAUCUGGGUGCAUCUCGUGUGUCUCAAACCAAAAAAAAAAAGGAGAAAAAACAAUCAUGUCGACAGUCUUUUCUUUCCAAGCACAGCUCGUCUCCAUCAUGGACGCGUUAUCCAAAACAGCUGUGAUAGAAAUAAGCAAACUGGUCGAGAUCGAGUCGAAGAUGCUGAAAAUAGAGAUAACUCGAGGGCGUAACGAAAUCGCCUCGCUAUCAGAGAAACUGCAGCUGAUGGAGAAACUGCUUUAUAUCGCACAAGGAGGCAGGCAGGACGCAGCAUCAGCAUGUUCCCUGGUGAGGGACACUUCAGAAAACGCUCUACUGGAGCCUGACAGGACAAGACCUGCAAUAAAAAGUGAAAGCCCAUGGGAAAGUAGAAGUUGCUCCACUGAGAUGAGUAGCUUGCAUCAAGGUGAAGAGCAUACUGCAGCUGAACUUCCAAACCCACCGAGAGAGCAGCCUGAACUGAUAGUGGUAAAGGAAGAGCAGCCAGAGGUUGAUAACAGAAACACUGAACAAGCUCGGACAAGUGAAGACACAGGAAGGGAAGCAGUCACAGACACCCAGAUGAGUCAAGAUGUGAUGCAGCAUCCCAAACCCAUCGCAGAACACCAGCAGCCUCUGUUCACUGAUAGCUUUGUGACUUUGAACACCCAGCUGUCUCUCGCUGAACCAGGGCGGAGGGAAACACACUGGAAUCCACAGCUUACAGCUGCACACACAAACUUAGAAGCUGGCAAAAGCUUGGGUCAAAAUGUAGCCUCCCAAAGCUUUAGUGUACUCAGGAAUAUGAAGUUUCACAACUUGAGGAACUCAGCUGCUAAAAGGUUUGGCUGUUUGCAAUGCGGCAAGAGCUUCAGAUGCUUUAGUCAGCUUGAAAUACACCAGAGAAGUCACACAGGUGAGAAACCGUUCAGGUGCACGCUGUGUGGAAAGCGAUAUGCACAGAAAGGGCACCUUUAUACACAUCAGCGCACGCACACUGGGGAGAAGCCAUAUCGCUGUCCUAUUUGUGGAAAGGGCUUUAUUCAGAAAUGCACCCUCGAUAUGCAUCAGCGCACGCACACUGGGGAGAAACCAUUUGUUUGUAUUAAAUGCGGCAAAGGUUUUACAAAGAACUGUAAUCUGAAAAAACACCUUGCAGUACAUCUAGAUCCUAGUUUGAACUCACUACCGUAUGGUAGUGAGUCCAGUACACCGACAUUUAGUGGGAAAUUCAUAAAUGGAACCACUUAAAUUCCAAACCACCACAAAAUACAACUUUUCCUGCUGUUUAAUUCAAAUGCUUUGUGGAAAAUAAAGUUCUAUUUGUUCCAGA